ACCAAUGUUGUAAGGAGCAAAGUCUGUUUGCAAGGCAGUUCAGUGUGAAACAAUGAGAAAGCACUCCAUGUGGAUAUGCAACAUUUCUUUACGAGCACUAAGCAACAUGCCCUAAACAACUUUUCCUUUAAAUUACCUGGACAUUUUAAAGUUGUCUAGUAUGGGAAAACAACUUAUAGUUGCUUAUGGUCUGUGGGCUAUAGGUGGUCCGCUUGGACUACACCACAUAUACUUGGAACGGGACAGCCAUGCUUUACUUCUGAUGCUUACUUUAGGGGGAUUUGGUGUAGGGUGGACGUGGGACUUUUGGAAAAUUCCUGGACUUGUAUCCGAAUUCAAUAAACAAGAGCGGAAGAAAACAAGUAAAUUGAAGAAUGGAAUACCACCUACAAGUAUCCUUCAGUUCAUGGCACAGGUAACCACUGGCAUUUAUUUUGGUCUAGCUGCUGCCAUCGGACUAUCCACUCUUACAAGUUAUUAUGUGUUAGCCCUGCCACUCGCAGUUGGUUUGGGAGUACAUCUUGUGGCUAGUGUAGGCGAGAAAACCUCUAAGCUGCAAAACACAUUGGUGGCUGCCUUUUUGACAUCCCCAAUCUUUUACGGACGUGCUAUUUCCAUGAUCCCCAUAAGUCUCGCUGCCAGUAUUACUUCUCAACAAAACCGUCAUUAUCGGCUGCAUGAACGACAGCAUGAAAACCUCAGCCUUCGUCUAUAUCGUAUUGGACUGGCCUACCUAGCUUUCACUGGCCCUCUGGCUUACAGUGCACUGCUUAAUACAAGUCGGACCGUGAGCUAUGUGGCUGAAAGCAUCGGGGCCCUGCUUAAUUGGCUGAGCUUUUUCCCCAGCCUCAGUGCACUGAUGGAAAAGAUUCUCCUCCUACCAUACAGGAUUUGGGGGCUGUUUACAGGAGGGGGAGGAUUACAUCACCAGUACUUCAAAGAGUGGGAAAAGAUCUACGAGUUUGUGGCCAGCUUCCAGAAUGAAAAGGAAGAAAUGGCCUGCAAGAUUCUAGGAGUGUCUCCUGAUGCUGCCAUUGAGGAAAUAAAUCACCAUUAUCGGGAUUUGGUAAAGCUUUGGCAUCCAGAUCAUAACCGACACCGUCCAAUAGAAGCUGAGCAACAUUUUAUUGAAAUACAGGCCGCUUAUGAGACACUCACGCGCCUCCAUAAAAUGAAAGAUCGUGCACACUGAUAUAAAGUAACUGCUAUAAAAAGUCAGUUUUAUCAUAAAGAUGUCUCUUCAAAUUCAUAUAGUUUAAAAUGAGAUUUCAUUUACUGUACUGAGAUUGCAGGCCUUUUCUGAUCGGUGGCUAUGGGCUAUGCUGCAUAUGCAUGGAAAUGUUUGAUAGCCAGCUGUUUUUAACUGCUAGAAUCCACACGAUUAGCACACUUCCUAAUCUUCAUAGAAGUUAUCAUUUUUCAUCAAUGAAAUGAUAUAUGAGGGGCUAGUGUACUAUACCAUAAAUCACUCCUUACAGUUCUGCAACCAGACCGGAUUGUGGAAUAUUGCAAAACUUAAAAAGCUGCUCUUUUAAAUAAUAAUUCAGCUGUUUUAAAUUGAGAACUGACCUUGAAUAAAAUGGCAAUGUGUACUUGUCU